AUGCUACGCCUCCUGUCGCUCAAGUUUGGCCGCGUCUACCGGUGCGGAAAGUUCCUGUUUGUGGCAGCGCUGUUCGUAAUCCUGCUGAUGAACACACAUAACCUGUUUGCCUCUUUCCAGAGGAAUGAGCUAACCGAUCGCCGUUUCAUAGGCCUCAACAAGUGCCCGGCGUGCUUUGGCACGAGCUGGUGUCGCAAGUUCAUGAACGGGCAGGUAUCUUUCGAAACGUGGGGACGCUUGCGCAUCCUCGAUUUCUUCAACGUGAAGAACGUCUAUUUUGCCCAGUACGGGGAACCCAGGGAAGGCACUCGGAGGGUGGUGCUUAAACGUCUGGGCUCCAAUCAGGAGCUCGCUGACAUCGAUCAGAAAAUCUGCAAGAGGGCCACCGGAAGGCCUCGCUGUGACCUCAUCCAAGCCAUGUACAAGACAGAAUUUGCCCGUCUGAAUGGUGACGUAAGACUACUGACUCCUGAAGUGGUGGAGGGUUGGUCGGACUUGGUCCACUGCCCAUCCCAGAGACUGCUUGACAGAUUGGUGCGGAGAUACGCCGAAACAAAGGACUCCGGAAGCUUCUUGCUGAAGAACUUGAAGGACACAGAGAGGAUGCAGCUGCUCAUGACUUUGGCCUUCAACCCUGAACCGCUGGUGUUGCAGAGCUUCCCCUCUGAUGAGGGCUGGCCGUUUGCCAAGUACCUGGGGGCCUGUGGGCGUGUGGUAGCGGUGAAUUACGUGGGCGAGGAGCUGUGGAGUUUUUAUAACGCUCCCUGGGAGAAGAGGGUCGACCUGGCCAAGCAGCUGAUGGACAUCGCUGAGCAACUCACCAACAACGAUUUCGACUUUGCCCUCUACCUCCUGGACGUCAGCUUCGACAACUUCGCCGUCGGGCCCAGGGACGGGAAGGUCAUCGUGGUGGAUGCCGAGAACGUCAUCGUGGCAGACAAGAGACUGAUAAGGCAGAAUAAACCAGAGAACUACGAUGUGUGGUACGAGAGUCGUUUUGAGGACUGUGACAAGGAGGCUUGUCUCUCCUUCUCCAAGGACGCUCUCUGCUCCCGAGUCACCGUCGACCACAACUACUACGCCAUCUGCCAGAAUCUUCUCUCCAGGUAUGCCACAUGGCGCGGCAUCACAGGUGGUCUCCUCCACGAUCCCCCUGCCGACGUGCUCAAAGACGGCCGCCUGGAAGCGCUGCUGGACGAGUGUGCCAAACCCCAGAAGCGCUACGGCCGCUUCCAGGCAGCCAAGGAACUGCGGGAGUACCUCACACAGCUUUCCAACAGUGUGAGGUAG